AUGGCUGGGCGUAUGCCGCCCGGUGGCCGCUAUGGCCCACCUCCAUCGUGGCAGCCACCCAAUGGCUACAAUGGGCAGGUUGGCUACCAUCCCCCCUCAAUGCAUCCUCCAGCUUUUCCGUCCCAUCACGAGAGCCAUCCCUACUGGCAACAACCCGGCCAUCACCGCCCAAAUCGCCACGAGUCCGAGUUUGAUCGACAUGCACAUUCCCGUGACCAGUACCGACGUCGGGAUCAGUACCGACGUCGGGACCACUACCAAGGGCGGGACCACUACCAAGGGCGGGACCAGUACAGAGGUCGGGACCAUGGGCGUGACUCUGGCCAUGAUCGCCAUCGUCAAUACUCGCGCUACGAGCAGUCUUCAGGACCACCGCGCCGCCAACGUUCCGCCGCACCCCUGUCCCCAGCGAUGCAAAAAGAGCUCGACAGCCUAUUCAAUAAAAAGUACACGUUCCCGGCGGAAUGUUUUGCCCCCAUAGAAGCAAAGCAGCUCUUUGUUGCGCCAGAGGAGCCCAUCGAUCCAGCUAUGCAAGCACUCAAGGACCGAGCCAAUGGCGUCAAAGGCAGCCUUGAUGACAUGGAUCAAGAGGCACGUCCUGGACUUAUCUUUUUGGCAUCUGAUUCUUGGUUUGCCUUCACCCUCACUGGACCCGCGUGCCCUUUGCAGCUGUGGUACCGCACAGCCAAGCUUCACAACCCGACCAAAAACGUCCCCUUCACCCUCUCGCGCCGGUUUCGUGUUGAGCUGCCCACUAUCGCCUGGUGUAAAAUGUACGAGAUUCUAGCCCGCUAUAAGCUGCUCCAACAGCAUCAGGAGAUGCCCUUUGCCACGGUGCAUGUCUGCGAAGCGCCUGGUGCGUUUGUGGCUGCGCUGAAUCAUUACCUUCGCCAAUUAUAUCAUCGUGAGCUCAAAUGGAACUGGACCGGGCUUACCCUUAACCCUUACUAUGAGGACAACAAUCCCAUUGACAUGGUGGACUCAGACACGCUGAUCCUGCUGACCGAGAGCCAUUGGCACUUUGGUCACGACAACACGGGCAACAUGAUGCAUGCACCCAACCUCAAGGGCCUUCGCGAUCGUGUUCUCCAGCAAGAAAUGCGAGUGGAGCUGGUGACGGGCGAUGGGGCCUUUGACACGUCAGCCAACCCUGCCGAGCAGGAGAUGCUGACAGCCCAGCUUCACUAUUGUGAAGCUGUCGCUGCCCUGGCUUGUCUGGCCCCCGGCGGAACAUUGGUACUCAAGAUGUUCACGUUUUUUGAGCGUUGCUCCGCCGCGCUGGUCUACUUGCUGGGUGGGCUCUUUGAGACAAUGGAUAUUUGCAAGCCAGCAACAAGCAAGGCUGCCAACAGCGAGACGUACAUCGUUGCACAACGCUUUCGCGGCUGUGAUCAUGCUAUUCUUGAUCGACUCCUCGCGCAUAUUGACCCCUCGCAUCCAGUGGACGCAGCAGGGCAACGGUUGGCCUUGUUACCUAGCGCGAGCUUCACCCCUGCCUUUACGCAACACCUCGCGCAGGCUGCAGAUGAGAUCUCACGUUUUACUGAGGAUCAUAUUCAGCACGUUAUCGAUCAGUCGCGCCGCACCGUCCCGGCCAAUCGUGAUGAGCUUAUCAAUUAUCAACGUGCCGUGGCUGAGGAGUACAUUCAGAGAUUUGGAGUCACAGAAGUGCCCGCUCGACUUCAGCUUAGCCCGGCCGUUUACCUUGAUGGGCACAGCAAUCUCAGUACCAGCAGCCGAGCCGGGACCGGGACCCGUCGACCAGAAGAUCACGGAGGCCUUCAGGGCGCCACACUCAAGGAGCGACAAGCCCAUUUGCGCUCGACGGUCAAGCGUCAGCAAGCCGAACGUCACAAGGAAAAGCCCGAUGCAACAAACGCAGACGACGGCACUCCAAGCCAGAAGCGCGUCAAAAUCCAAGCGCAAGGCUUGCAGCUGGAUGCUGAAGACCGACCAAGCAGCGAGAGGCCUGCAGACCCACCCUCGCGGCCUUUGAGCAUUGCAGAGCGCAUGAUGCAAAAGAUGGGCUACAAGCCGGGCCAAGGGCUUGGUCGCGACGGUACAGGCAUUGUACAACCAGUGCAGGCAGCCCCACGAGAAGAGCGCACCGGUCUAGAGGCAGCUCGGACCGCGUUUGCACAGCGUGAUGUCAAGGCCUGGCAGCAGCACGCCGGCGAAGCCGGGAUCGUGCUCGUCAGUCCUGCAUUUGACUGGGGUGCUUUUGCGGGUAGUGGUCGCGGCCGGGCCGAGAUUGAUAUGAGCACCGAGGCCCUGUCGCAAGUUGCUGCAGGACUGCAUCUGCUGCGUCCAGGAGGCACACUCCUCGUACGCCUGGCCGAGACCUUUACUCGUCUCACGGCGAGCCUUUUGCAUUUGCUCUGCUCAACCUUCGCCACCUGCCGUCUGGUCAAGCCUUUGACCAGCGCUCCCUUUGCCAGCGAGUGUUUUGUGGUAUGCCGAGACUACCGUCACGUGGAGGUAGCAUUGCAAUCCGUUCUUAGCGUCUGGCAGGCCAUCUCUACGCCUGCACCUGGACCAGACUUGGGCGUACGACGGGAAUUACUCGCUUUUGUUGGCAUGUCCCAGCUUCUCGAGCCCACGUUCUAUCGCCACGUGGUCAAUGCCACGGAGCGAUUCACCAUUCGCCAGAUCUCUUCAGUCCAGGCACUUGCUACGUUGCUUUCUGAGGCUGAUGGACCUUUGAUUCGGGUUCCCGUUUUGCUGGAAGAAGCUCGUCAGGGCGAAGAUUGCCAAGAGCUGGACGUGGACACGGAGGACCCGAUGGAGCGAUUGAUUGUCUUCUUGCAGCAGUCCCAGAUGACUGAACUGCAACUUGAUGGGGCAGUGCCCAUGUGA